ACCGGAUCUCCUUAUAUAAACCUUUUUUCAACAUUGCGUUUGUCAGUCAGCUUGCACUACUUUGGUUCAACAACACUCGGAAUCACUUUCUUCGGAUUCAGGAAUAUUGCUGUAGUUCAUCUCAAGGAAACCCACAGAUGGCUAGCUCAGUUUUGAAGUGUGCACUCUUGCUGUUAUUGAUUGAUAGCGUUAUCUCAAACUGCUCCAAUUUUAAAUGGGCAGACACCGUUCAUAAUAAUUACAUUUGGUCCAUCGUUGGCGAGUGGAGGGUUGUUAAUUGCAGCGUUAAUGACAAUAAAAAUGUCAAUGCAACGUUGUGGCUUAACAAGGCUAAAAUAAGGACAACUGACCAAGAGCGGCGAAUAGUAAUGGUUUCGAAAAAUGUGUUUAAUGUAACUGAUCUCCGACCUAACGACAUGGGAAAUUACUACUGUAAAGCGUGCGAUCUUUGGAAGACUCCAGUCAGAAUCAAUGUUAAAAGAGGCAAAGCAUUUGCAAAACCACAAGUUACAAAAAGACCAAACGUUAGCUCAAUUGUAUACGGAAGUACUGUUACACUAGAAUGUUCGUUGACUGGCAGCUACAACGAUUAUGAAAUGAUAUGGUUUAAAGUGACGUCGAAUGGGAAGUUUUUGAAAUUAAGAUCAAGAAUGCGGUCAGUCUGGUCGUCUGAUUACAGCAAAAAAGUACAAAAACAAGUACUGAAAAUAACUAAUUUUACAAAGGAGAUUGAAAGAUAUUUUUGUCAAGUUAAACGUUAUGCAGUUAAUCAUGUUGGCAGAACAUUCGUGAAAUUACUUUUACAGGAAUUGUCUAAGCCUAUUAUUUCAAACUUCUCUUGCGGUGGAAAUUUGAUCGGAAACGAGAAAAAAGACCAUGUAGUCAAUAAUAGUGUAACAGGUACACCAUCUCCGGAUUUUGCUUGGUAUAAAUCGGUGAAUGGGAAGAGAAAAUUUAUCGCCAUGUGUUAUGGGAAAACAGGAGCAUGUUCGCCAACUAACGAUAAAGAUGUCGAAGUAACAAUGCAGUCAUUUGUUAUCAAGAAUGCUAGUUAUUUACUGCAUAACAAUGUUACAUAUAUUUGCCAAGCCACAAAUGUUAAGGGAAAAGAUGAAAAAACCUUCACGAUGUUGGUAAAAACUAAACCGCGCUUGACCGCUCCCAAAUCAGAAAUUCAACUUUACGCUAAGAAUUUGAGUCUGGAAUGUUUAUUAUCAAAAGACUCCAAUCCAGCCAACAUCUCGUAUUCUUGGGCGUACUGCGAUAAGAAUGUAAACGGUUUAACAUCCUGUGAUGACUGGAGCUUAUUAAUUUCACGAAACAAGAAAGUUCAUGUUCAAGAACAGGAAGCCGGAGUAAGACUAUACCGUUGUACUGUUGAGAACGAAAUAAACAAAGAUCAUUUGAUUUGGACAAUAGUUCGACCCGUAGGUAAAGAAAUCCCCAAAUAUAUAUGCGAUAAUUUUGCAAAAUCGAAAUCAGAUGAAGGAGAAAAGAAAAGUAGCGGAAUAGAAGGAACUUUUAUAUGGCAAUGUAUCGCCGCUUUCCUCGCUCUCCUUUUACUUGCCUUGCUGUUCUUCACAUUUCGUCGAAGAAACCAGCCGAAGCCGCAAAAUUACAACAUUUUCGUUCCUCGAAUUCCAGUAUUUAUGGACAAAAAUGGUGACAGUGUUUAAUCUUAAAUGUAUAGUAUCAGAAUACAGACUGUAAGAUCUUGUUGCUGAUCUAUAGGAAUACUUUCUCUUUAUUAGGAAUUAAUUCAUUUAUAUACUGUCUUAAGAGUUUA